AUGGCCGCUCAGACAACUGUCAGACCCCGGCUCACCAACAAAGACGAAAAAUCCCAAGAUGACUUUGCUAGAGAGCACAUCACCGGUGGAUGGCGACCAGGCAUGGAUCCCAAGGUCGAUUACUCAGGCCACUUCGAGUUCGGCGGCUCACUGGGCAACCUGGCAGCCAUGAUCGGUUUCCCUCUGUUGAUGUACUACAUGUGGAUUGGCGCGACCUACUAUGACGGACAUUGGCCUCUGCCUGAGGCCAGCCAGUCUUGGAUAGCGUUUGGAAAACAUCUGGCGAAUCUUGUGUACACCGGCGCUUUCCCUCAUGUCCGGGCCUGGCGCAUUUACUGGGCAUAUUUUAUCUUCGAGGCUGCAUGCUACAUAUACAUGCCCGGAUUUACAUGUUAUGGCAAGCCUUUACUCCAUCUGGGUGGGAAGCAGCUGAAGUAUCAUUGCUCGGCAUAUACCAGUUUCUACUUGACCAUCGUCGUUAUGGCUGUUUUGCACGGCACUGGGCUGUUCCCGCUCUACACCUUCCUGGAUGAGUUCGGUCCGCUGAUGUCUGUGGCUAUCAUUUCCGGCUUUCUCUGCAGUUUCAUUACCUACUUCUCUGCCUUUGCUCGCGGUGCUCAGCAUCGUAUCACCGGCUACCCGAUUUACGACUUCUUCAUGGGCGCCGAACUCAACCCGCGCCUAGGGAUUCUCGACUUCAAGAUGUUCUACGAAGUGCGCAUCCCAUGGUUUAUCCUCUUUGGUCUCAGCUGCGCCGCAGCUACCCGUCAAUACGAGCAGUACGGCUAUGUCUCUGGCGAAGUUCUGUUUCUGGUCAUGGCCCACUUCACCUAUGCUAACGCCUGUGCCAAGGCAGAGCAUCUCAUCACAACCACUUGGGAUAUGUACCAAGAGAAACUGGGGUUCAUGCUGACCUUCUGGAACAUGGCCGGUGUGCCAAUGUCGUACUGCCACUGCACACUGUAUCUCGCCAACCAUGACCCGGCCACAUAUGCGUGGAAUCGAUAUGCGCUAACUGCGCUGUUCGUGUCGUACCUUUUCGUCUACUGGGUCUGGGACACGGCAAACAGCCAGAAGAACUCGUUUCGAAUGAUGGAGCGUGGCACCUUUGUAAACCGCAAGACCUUUCCGCAGCUUCCAUGGAAGGAGGUUUACAAUCCAAGAACCAUUGUGGCCGAGAAUGGCGACACGAUCUUAGCGGAUGGAUGGUACGGACUCGCCCGCAAGGUUCAUUACACGUGCGAUAUGUUCUUUGCUCUUUCAUGGGGUCUGGUAACCGGGUUUGACAGUCCAUUCCCUUGGUUCUAUCCUGUGUUCUUCAGUGUCACGAUCACCCACCGGGCCAUGAGGGAUAUCACCAAAUGUCGACAGAAGUACGGCGAUGCAUGGAAGGAGUAUGAGAGGCAGGUGCCAUACCUUUUUAUCCCGUACGUGAUCUAA